UACAUAGAGGAUUGCAGUGCCAGUGAGGAUCACCGCAACCUGCCCGCAGAUGAUCUGGGAGAGUUUCGUGAACUUGUAACAUGGAUCGCUGGAAAGGCAGGGUUGCUCUGGUCACCGGGGCUUCGGUGGGAAUCGGGGCAGCUAUCGCAAAGACUCUUGUCCGGCACGGCAUGAAGGUGGUCGGCUGUGCCAGGAACGUGGAGCAAAUCCAGAAACUGUCUUCUGAAUGCGUGAGCAGCGGCUUCAGCGGCAAUCUGAUCCCGUAUAAAUGCGAUCUGUCCGUAGAGGACGACAUGUUAUCCAUGUUCUCCUGGAUCAAAGUUCAUCAUCAGGGCAUUGACGUGUGCGUUAAUAAUGCUGGUUUGAAUUUCCGAGAGCCUCUACUGAGCGGCAAAACAAGUGGCUGGAGAACUAUAAUGGAUGUGAACGUCAUUGCCCUGUCAGUGUGCACCCGUGAGGCCUACCAGUCCAUGAAAGAAAGAAACAUCGACGAUGGUCAUAUCAUCAAUAUCAACAGUGUUUGUGGACACCGGGUCGUCAACAGUGCUGAUGCACACUUCUACACUGCCAGCAAAUACGCGGUGACCGCUCUCACUGAAGGUCUUCGUCAAGAGUUACGAGAGGCCAAGACCCACAUACGUGCCACAUCUAUUUCUCCCGGCUUAGUGGAGACUGAAUUUGUCUACCGGCUCUAUAAUGAAAACCCGGAAAUGGUUGUUGCCACCUACAAAAGCAUAAAGUCCCUGCAAGCGGAAGACAUCGCAAACGCGGUGGUGUAUGUCCUGAGCGCUCCUCCUCACGUUCAGAUUGGUGACAUUGAUAUCACGCCAGUGGAGCAUGAGCUGUAACAGGAUCAAGAUGAAGCUCGUCAAGUAUCCGGAGAUGGCGUGACAGGGGUGAAUUACAGAAGUACAGAAAUUAAUCUAUAAAAUUAUUGGUCGAAUUACUAGCACGUUUACAUAUAAUGGCACAUUCACUGUACUGUGUUUAUUCUAAAAGUUGCUAGACAGCCAAAAUUAGGAGUUUUGGAAAAAGUUCUAUAUACUCUUGGUGCUGUUUUGCUUAAUUGUGAAACAAAAUCAGUUUUGCAAAAUUACUGUGAUUUUUGUUUUUCUUGACGCCAUAUUGAUAAACACUCACAAAGAAUCAGUGCUGACUUUAGCUCUGAUUUUGCAGCUCCACAAUAAUGGUUUACAUUGCACAAAUGGCUUUAAUUUUAUGACUAAGUAAGUUAUUGACUCCUGAAGACCUAAACUACAGUACAGUGCAGCGUUUCAUGACAUGCCUUUAUGAUUCUUUUGUGUUAUUUUGGAGCUUGUCAGCUUCAAUUCUUAUUCACUUAAUCAUAGGAAGAGCAAGGAUAUUCUUCAAACAUUUAACUUUGUUUCAUGAAAAUCAAAUAAAAGAAAAUCAUGUGCAAUUAA